GAGACGACAGGGGUAGUCUCCUCAGUUCAGCAUCUUGAGCGUACACUGAAACGUUUCCUCGUCCCCACUGCUUCCAAGUGUACCAGGGCCGUGUACUUACAGCCAUGUCUCAGAUGUGCGGAUUGUGUAGCUGCAAGUCGUGCGAUGACUGCCAGAAGGCUCUGCGCUCCCGGCUGCCGUCGUGCCUGGGUGGCGAGCCACAAUGCGAAGAGGAACAGGAGCAGCCGCAGCAAAGUCCGCCCGCCGAGUCGCCGGUAUACGACGAGGCUCAUCCCUUGCUUCCACUCCAUCCAGGUGCCGUCACCCAGGAGCCUUCGUCUACUCGAGGCCCUGCGGACGACAAGGGCAGCUCGGCCGACGACGAGGCCUCUUCGUCCUACUCGUCCUCUACGAUCAGCAAGGCUUCGGCGGUCAGCAAGGACACCACCUUCUCCCAGGUCGUGCAGCCGGCGCCACCCGUGAGUGACUCCCCGCAGCCUGGACCCAGCGGUACUCAGCCGUUCACCCACGUCGUGCACGACGUCCCGUCCGACUACACUACCAGCGAGGACUCGGAAACGCCUCCGUAGACGCUGCUGCCCGACCUGAAGGAGCAUUCUCUCCUGCCCAGAGGAACGAGCCUCAUUUGGAUCCACUCACUUUUAUACUGUGGGCUCUGCUGUACCUUUAUAAGCUUUGCACAAGUCUUAACGAUGUUUUGAAAUAAACCAUCCUUUU